AUGGACUCUUCAAGCAGAAGCUUAACUCAGUACAUACCAUCGCCCAUGGGAUCAUUGUCAAGGUUGAAGCGGAAGGGUGUAGACAACUUUCAAAGAGUGAAAAAAUCCGGUAAAUCCAUCUAUAAUUACAAUUACUCGAAAUUUGUUUCUCAUCCAUUUUCGGUUACUGAUGAAAAUAUCAAACACUCAGAAAAUGGUCACUAUGACGAUUUGGAGAUAAUAGGUCCCGCUAAAGAGAAGAACGUGGCAAGUGCCAUAUAUAAAAGGAACAAUAGUAAAUCUUCUAAUGUAGAGUCUCAAUUUUCACUGGGGGAUUCGGAUGCAGUAACUUUGGUGAAUUCGGUCUCUACUUUCAAAUUAAACAAUGCUUCCACAUCCACCUCAUUGGUGUCCUCAUCAUCGACAGUAUGUUCUCAAUCGAAGCCCUCUUCACGUUCCUCGAGAAGCUAUUCCGUUCAAACUGAAACCAACGAGGAAAACCGUUGUUUUUCCAACGUGAAAGAUUACUGUGGUCCAGUAAAAAAAUCUAUGAUAAAAACGGAAAUUUACAUUGAAGAACCCUUGAAUCCGACCACCGAUAUUAAGUCCUUUAUAAACUCAUACAAUCAUGGCAAGGCACAUAUCCUGGGCGAAUCUAAACAUCUACAUUAUUAUCAGUUGCCAUUUCCAUGGAGGGAGAAUAGAUACAUAAUUCAUGGCUAUAGGUUUUACAAUACUCACUCUAAGUCAUUACUAUCCAUCUUCAACUGGUACGGCUGGCAUAACGAAACUUCCAAUAUUUGGUCUCACUUGUUGGGGGCCAUGUAUUUAAUCUACUUGGCAAUUUAUGACUUCCCUCAAUCAGAAGUUUGGAAGAAUCCUAAAGUGCCACCACAAGCUAGAUGGAUUGUUUUUAUGUUUUUGGCAGCAGCAUUGAAAUGUAUGUUGAGUUCUGUAUUUUGGCAUACGUUUAACGGUACAUCUUUCCUAAAGUUGCGUUCAAAAUUUGCAUGCGUCGAUUAUAGCGGUAUCACGAUCUUGAUUACAGCCUCGAUUUUGACAACUGAAUUUGUUACCAUGUAUUCGUGCUACUGGGCGAUGUGCACUUACAUGGGAAUUUCUUUGGCACUAGGUAUAUUUGGUGUGUUUAUGAAUUGGUCACCCCGUUUUGAUAGACCUGAGGCAAGACCACUGAGAAUUAGAUUCUUCAUUCUGUUAGCCACCAUGGGCGUCUUGUCCUUCUUACAUUUGAUAUUCCUAACCGAUCUUCGUUAUGCGGCAAGGCUAUUUAGUCCUGUCACAUACAAAUCUGUUGUUUGGUAUUUGGUUGGUGUGGCCUUCUACGGUUCGUUCAUCCCGGAAAGAUUUAGAUCUGAUGUUCAAGUUGAUAAAACAAUUCCUACAAACUACGAAUUAUCUACCGAUUUGGAAAUCAUUACAAAGCAAAGAGAAAUACAUUUUAGAAGGGCACCAACCGCUCAUACUAAAUGCAAGUCAUGUCCUUCUCAUGCUAAAUCUUUUAAAUCCCUAUGGUGGGUUGAUUAUGUGGGCUGCUCGCACACUUUUUGGCAUUUCUUUGUAGUUUUAGGUGUCAUCGGUCAUUAUAGAGCCAUUUUAGAUAUGUUUGCCAAGAGGUGGGUUUUAUCAUGA